UCCUCCCUCCCUCACCCCCUUUUGUCCUUUGUCCGUCUCUGAGGAAACCAGAAAAUCAAUGGCUUUCUGGAGGAGGAAGGAGGGAUGAGAACAAGUGGGAAGACAGUAUGCGAACGCUUUGUGAUGUGUGCGAGAGCGCCGCUGCCAUCCUCUUCUGCGCGGCCGACGAGGCCGCCCUCUGCCGUUCCUGCGACGAAAAGGUCCAUCUGUGUAAUAAACUUGCCAAUAGACAUGUACGGGUUGGGAUAGCCACACCUAGUGAUGUUCCUUGCUGUGAUAUUUGCGAAAAUGCACCUGCGUUCUUUUACUGUGAGGUAGAUGGUAGUUCUCUUUGCCUGCAGUGUGAUAUGAUUGUACAUGUCGGUGGGAAAAGAACCCACGGGAGGUAUCUCCUCUUCAGACAGAGAGUUGAGUUUCCAGGGAAUAAGCUUGGCCGUUCAGAGGAACUAGGGCUUCAACCACUUGACCAAAAGAAGGUACAAAGGGACCAAAAUCAGCAGCCUGAUUUAAAAACAGGAGAGAAUCAACAUAAUCACAAUGUCUCUCCAACUGCAGUCCUAUACAACAAUAUUGAUGGUGACUACAAAAUGGACAAUACACCCAUUGAUCUUAAUAGCAGGCCCCAAAGAAUACGCGGUCAAGCUUCAACUAACCAGGAACAGGGUGUGGGUGUUCUAAAUGGUGUGAAUGAUGAAUCUGCAAGUGUCGUUCCUGUUCAAUCCUUCAGAAAGUAGCCUGGAAAGUGAGUAAGAUGUUCUGGACAAAUUACCGUUGCAGAAUCUUGAUUGUUGACCUGUGCACUUGUAUUCUUACUUGUACCUUUUCCGUUUUCUUUGGAUCAGCAUCAGUCUCUCACGUUCGUUGUGCAAAGUAGAUUAGAUGAAGAAAAUCUCUACCUUUGUAUUAUUGAAAGCAAUGUGUAUCGCUUGAAAGACAGAAAAGUGAGUUAUUAGUACAGUUUGUUCAAUGUUUAUGUUAUCGAAAUACAAUACCGUUGUUGACA